UUUUUUCUACAUAACUGCACUUAAGCACCCCUAUCGAUUCCACAUUGCAAACGCUCCGCAUGUGGGUGCGAUUUUUGGACGGUGUGGAUUUAUUGCCAGUGGAAGUGUGCGGAUAAUUACACGAUCACUACCAAAAAUAGUGGCGACAACCAUUUUUGCUAAUUGAACGCGCUCUUCCCAUAUAUGUAAAUAGUAAACAAAGCGCGAAGAGUUUUCGCCCGACACGUUAAAAUCAACACGCUCCCAAGUCAAUGUCGCUUCAUUAGCUGGUCGUUGUCACCUACCCAUCAACAUCACACCAUCAUCGUCAAAAUUCCCAGUAUGCAAAAGGGCCCCAACUCCCGCAAGAAGAACAAGGACACCUUUGUUACCAUCGUGCUCACAGAGUCCACCUCCAGUCUACUGAACUUAGACCUGCCGCCAUUGGAGCGGACCCAUCCGGACGACUCUCGGCUGUGCAUCAUCACCGAGAAGGAGUUGAGGGCCCUCAAGCGGCCGGAUCCCAAGCCUGGCCCCUCCCAGCGACAUCUCCAGAUCGGCUCCGACGUCGGCCUCUUCACCACCAGCAAUUGCUCUUCGAACAGCGAGCUGUGCGAAUCAUCAAGCGCCAGCAUCAGCGCCAACGCCUCUUCUGAGGCUCACAUGGAAAAGGCGGCGGUAGUGCCACAUCCGCUGGUGUCGGUGCGCAGCAAAGCCCAUGCAGAUAAGCUGCGCCUGGAUGGGAGCAGCCUCUUGGUAUCCAUGCUGGAAGACGACUCGCGGCUGUCCGGGGAUCUGAUUUGCCGCAUCUGCCACGGUGGGGAGAGCAUCGACGAUUUGCUCACGCCCUGCCGGUGUCGUGGCACCAUCGCAUUGGUGCACCUCAAGUGCCUGGAGCGGUGGCUCAAAGAGUCCAAUCACAGUACCUGCGAGCUGUGCCAGCACCAUUUCCGAGUAAUCAGAGAGCCGCAGUUCAGCGUGCUCUGGUCUAUCCUGAUGUUUUUGCGCCACCCCGGGCUCCACCUGAAGGAAAUCGUGCUCGACCUGGUGGCGUUCAGCAUCUACACGCCCUCAGCGGUGGCGUCCACCUACAUGCUGAUGCUGAUAUGCGAAGCUCUGGUCAAGAACAACAUCGUCACCACCGGCUCCCUCUCCUCACACAUCAUUGCCUUUUCUGCCGUCUUCGGCAUGGCCGCCAUCGACUUCACCUACUCCUCCUGGCUGAUUGUCUCUCUGCAGCGCCACGUCGACGCUUGGAGGGAGUGGUACGGCGCCCAUUCGCGCCUCAGAGUCGUCCUGCCCAAGACUAAGAUGCGGCCUGCCAGGCACAAAUAGCGUGCGUGCAUGCGAAAAGCCGGCCGCAAGUUGUGUGCGACCUUGCCGCAUGGGAUGUGAAUAAUCGGUUCCUUGUAGGGCAAGUUUCUCUGCCCACCUGUGACUCACUUUUUUGCAUAAUCAAGUCGUUGAUGGAUGUGUGGGCAAACAAAGGCCUCGCAUCAGAUUAGGCGAAGGGCCGUAUACCGGCCCGGCCUUGGCUAUGCAGAUUUUAUCGGCUUCUACUACAACUUUAGCCCAGUCUAUGCAGUUAUUAUAAGAGACUAUAGUUGACACGCCGAACAGAUGCAGUAAUAAAAAUGCGUGCACAGAGCAUCAGGGGUUGCUAUUGCGUAUAGACGAGGCGAUUUAUCCUCGUUUUAAAUAAAAACAUAAAACUAU